AUGGACAGUAAGCACAAUGUAGAAAAUCCGCCGAGAUAUGAUCUAGAUAGCAAGGAAAAAAACGGCAUACAAAGAGUAGCUACAAAAACGCCAUCGUUGACAACACUGAUCAACUGGAAUAUAUCUAAAGCACUAAAAAGUAAUCCUAGAAUUGACUUGAAGGUAGCGUUGCGAGAAGCAGAAGAGCGGUUGGACGAGGCGCACGAUGCGAAUGCUCUGGUGUCUCCAGACGCGCGCAACUUUUGCUGCGCCCUCCUGGCCUGGCAGCAGCUCGGCCACCGUACAGCCGACAGCUUAUUCAAGGCAUGUGGCCUGGACAAAAAGUGCAUGGAGCGGCUGGCGAGCAUGGAGACGGAGACACAGGAGCUUAGCAAGCGCGCCGGACAGUUCGCGCGCCGCGAGGCACGGCGCUCCGAGCAGCUGGAGCGCGCCGAGAUGGCCUGGCGAGACCUCGACGCGUGCUACCAGCGCCGGCUGCGGGUCGCCAAGGAAAAGGAGGAGGAAUAUCAAAAACAGAUGGCAAGAGUUUUGGACGAGAGGAACAAGUACAAGCAGGCGUGUAUGCCGCUGGUGGACGCGUUAAAGAGGAAAAGCUCAGUGGCGGAGAAGGAGCAGGAAAAAUUGAAGGAGCUCGAGAAGGAGAUGUGCGCGCGAGCAUGCGCACGGGUCCGGCUAGCCGAAAACGCCGCGCGCGUCAAUGCACAGCUCACGGAGCAGCAGUGCAAAUGCUCACAGCUCGACAGAAACUUAGCGUGGAAAGAGGAGCAUGAGCGUAGUAAGCAGCGUGCGCUGGAGGACGCGGCGGAGAUGGCUAAGGUGCUCACGCACGAGGCGGAGUGUGCGCAGCGCGCAGAGCUCGAGGCGCUGCGCAAGCAGGUGGCGCAGGCGUCACAGGACCUGCUGGAGGAGGACGCUCGCACGGCGCUGUUGAACAAACGAAUCGAAGAUUAUAUGCAAGAAAAAAAUGAAAUGAUAGAAGACUUAGAAUCUUGCCAGACAAAGUGUGAAGAUCGUAUGGGAGCAUUAGUGAAAGACUUGAAGUGUAAGAGAGAUAAGCUUGCAGAGUUAAAAGAUAAGAUUAUGGAAUGCCGAUGCAAAGAGCCCGUGGACCAAGCGGUGGAGGUGAAGAGGACGCCGUCGCUGGCCGCGUUGUGCAGGUGCUCCCCGAGUGAUACGAUUCAGGGAUCGUGUUCGUGUACGUCAAUACGAAGCCGGCUUCUCUCGUCACUCCUUAAGGAUUUGUUUAACGGCCUAAAAUCGGAAAUGGACACCAUCGGCUCACAGAUGCCUUGUCACCUCUUGAAGUGUCUCGAAGACAAGCAUAAUUGGGACCAAACUACUCAUGCCAAGCAAAACGUUCGUGCUUAUUUUUCCCGACUUUUGCUCGGUGAACUUGACAUCGCUAUUGCAACAGUCAUUGAAAGGAGCCACGCACAGUGGGUGGGUGAAUGUUGCGUUGAUAUGAAACCGCAAGUUUCACGAGACUCCAGACACAGCUUACGGUGGCAAGAACAUGAGCGCGAGACGAAGACGCAGAAACUGGCUAAUCAGCUAGCCGAAAAGAUGUUCCAAGAGAGAGCGAAAGAGUUGGCCAAGCAAGCCCAACAAGAACUACAAGAUAGCCGUCCUCCAUGCGAGUGUGACCUCAACGACACAGCACACUCAUCAGACAAUACAGGAAGAAAAUAUGUUAAUAAUAGAAGGCCUGAGUUGAUAUCGACAAAUAAAGGCAAUGCUUGCAAACCUGCUACAACUCGAAGAGCCCUAAACAUGACUGCCAGAAAACUUAAAUCAUGUACGAACAAAGCUAAUCCAUUUAAAGCAGGCGAAAACCGUCCCAACAAAUUGUUUAGAGAGUCCCAACAAUAUGCAGUAAACAUGUGCUUAUGCGACAAUAAAAAAAAAUCUACUUCUAAUAAACCCGAUAAGAACUUUAAUAUGAAAUCGGAAUUGUGCCACAGUUAUAGUGUUUCAAAUUUAAGACAGCAGAAACCCAUAUUAGAUUUUAGGGAGAAUAGUUUUCAGGGGAGUGGCAAGUCUAGUUCCUCUUUGUGUACGAAAACAUGCGCUUGCUUACACAAAACACCAUCAAACACGUCUAUCGACAGACUUGUUAGAGUUUUAACAAAAUGGAAAGAUAAUUUACUCGAAUCACGAGAUUGUAAUAUCCAAGAAAUCAUUAACACAAAUUCUUUGUUUAAAAUUACUCAUUCAAGUAUUGUAAAUAUUAUACAAGAAAUACAUAACAAAACAGACCAAACUGAACGUAAAAACAGUAAAACCACUUUAGAAAAAUGCGCAGAAACACAACAACACGACAAGAAUGUUAAAUCACUAAAAGACAGUGAGAAAACUCUCGAUGAAGAAGAUGAUUGUCCUAAAGCCAUUGUAUCUAGCCAGAUGAAGCUUAAGCCGUCAAAAUUAUUGUCUGCUAACCAAAAAAGUUAUAAAAAACAUCAUCGAGGCAAUUUGUUUGCGGAUAAGCGAGGAAACUGUUAUGACAAAUUUGACGAUAAGUUAGUCAAGAAUAAUAAUAGAGAUAUACGUAAAACAAGAUAUGCAAUUAAUCGAAUUAAAGCACUGAAUGUGUUACAUGUUCACAAUGAAUGUGUCUAUCCGCGGACCAAGGUUGGGAAUUUGAAUGAAGAAAAGUCUGUAGAAGUUCAAAAUAAUAGCAAUGACGUCUUAAGUCCUGAUGAACCUUGCGUAUGUUGUCCGAUAACUAAGGUAGACAAUACAAGUGAUUUGGAAGUAAAUGCUUUUCAAUUGUUGGAAGAACAUUUAAAAAGUAAAUUAGAUGAAUUUAGGAGUUUAGCCUGUAAAUCCACUUGCAUACCAAAUGCGGACGAAAAAUGUAUUUUGAAUGAUACAAUAGUCAAGGUUAAAAAACUUAUUCUGGAAAGUGCAAAUAAAGUUACCUGUAAGUGUAGUAGAAAUAACCAAUCCUGCAAUGGAAGCUGGAACAGAGCAUAUAGUUUAUUACAUGAAUAUUUGAAAACUAAAAUAGAACAUAUAGAAUGUAUCUGUAGUUCGGUCGAAUAUGGGCAAGAUGAAAAUUUGGUGACGCGUAUUUUAAGUCAAAUAAGUUGCUUAAUUGAAAAUGAUCUACAACGACUUAAAAAUAUGUGCAGCAAUUGCAAUGAUACGACAUUAGACACCAGCAGUAAACGGGAAUCGUAUAUAAAGCAUGAACCUCAAUGUAGUAUUAGUGAUUUAAAGAAUCACAAUAAUUCGAUAAUAACGAAUGCCAUUGAAAAAAAUAACAUGCCAAUAACUCAAGUGGUUGAAUCCAAAUUUGUUAGUUACACCAACGGUAUUUCGUUACCGCACAAUAAAUCAGCACAAGUUUUGCUUCAUCAUUCAGUUGAAACCAAGUCAUGCGAUGCUAUAAAAAUGUAUAGUAAGUACUGUGAAGUACAAACAUUAGACGUAAUGAAAAAGAAGGUUGUUAUAGAUAAUUACGUUAAUAGUGAAAGUUAUGAUGUUAAACCAAUCACCAACCAACAAUACGACGAUACAUCCACCCAGAAAGCUGAGAAAAAGUCAAAUCUCCAUCCUGAUAUGCAAAACAAUGGACUUACUAAAGACACUACAUCUUUUCAAAAAAGAGACAUCACAGUAUUGCCUGUAGUAAUGUCACCAGGUAACAAUAUUAAUGAAAAUGGUUCCAUGAAAAAUAACUUAAUCGACGACCAAUUGCUGGAUGAAAAAAAAAAGAUCCACGUCGUAAACGAAGACGACAAAUUUGACGAACAAUUUUUAGCAAAUAUUGGUUGCACAAUAAAUUGUUGCUGCGAUCGUGACUUAGGCUGUGUUUGCACAAAGUCAACAGUUACAUCGAACACUGAGUGGUUAAGAACAAAUUAUAUAUUUAAAACAUUUACACAAAAACAAAGUGUAGUCGAAAGUGUUUCUUACAUACUUAAGAGCGUACCGAAUAAAAUACCGAAUAAUGUAAAUUCCAUAGAAGAUCAUUCAGAGGAUGUUCACUUAACGAUAAAAAAUCAAAUAAAUGAUCUAAAUCGACGCGAAUCCAAUGUCGAGGGAAAUAUUUAUUUUGGUCGAGAUAAACAAAUCGUACACGUAGAUUACAAAGCUGAAUUGGUGCAUAAAAGCAAAACAAGAGUAUGCGAUUCUGAGGUAAACGCCAGCGAAGAAAAUCAUAUUUGCUUAAAACAAUCUAAUCAAAGGUUCAAUAUAAUUCAUGAUUCUGCUAACACUUUAACAGAUGAAUCCUCGCUUCAAUUUAAAUUUGUGCCUCCUAAAUCAAAACACCAUGACAUUCUCAAACCAAAUGCACAUGAGUUAUUCAAACAUGUUCCAAUGUCUUUUAGCAAUAGUGAUACAGCACUAAUAACUGACCACGAAUCGCAAAGGUCAGCGUCCUUGUCGACAGAUUGUGAUUGCGCAAUGGUUCCUAUAUGUCACGUCAAAAUGCUUGUGGAAAAUAUUGGCAGUAGGCUGGCUAAAGCUGAGUGUACAUGUGAUUCGUUAAAAUCAGUUUGUCCAAUUCAUUCUUAAAAUCUGUUAUUAAAUAAAGACAUGUUGUAUAUUUGGUAACAAGUAAAAUUAUAAUAUACA